GACCUUCCGCUCUUUGCAAUCUCCGAAUCGAGCAAAAAACGACUCUCCAGAAGAUCCUCACAGCCGUAUCACAGGACUGAGUACCCUAUACAUUCCUGACCACCACUCCACAUGCCGAGAAGGCACGCCGCUUCCGGCGAUGCCUCGCCAGCUUCGCAAGACACCAUCAACGUCGCCAUGCCACGACAGCAUCGCCCACCAACACGCUUGAAACUGAAAGUACGACCCAGGGACCCCGAGCCUGAAUCUGAUCCAGCAGUACUGCUUUCUCGACCCAAGAGAAAGAUCUCGAGACCUGCCAGAUAUUCUGAUAAUGUCAUCGAGCCUCUCAUCAAGAAGCGAAGAACCACCAAAAUCCCGAACAUGUAUCUGGAAAAGUCAACUUCUCCACCACCAAAUUCGGGGCCGCCGGUCGGCAACUCAUCAGACCCCAUACUGCUGACCUCUUCGAAGCCAGUCGAUAAAAGCGACUACGACUCUAAUGAGGUCCAUCCCGCCGGCUAUGGUGCCGACUUCCUGAACAACUUCAUCGACGACACCCCUCGCUCUUCGCUCUCUGCCUUGGAUUCUGUGAUUGACUCAGAUCGAGGUCAUAAGUUGCAGCCCGAUCUUCUGCCAGAGUCCGAUGCCCUGCCAGAUGCUGCCGGCUUGAUGUACGACACCUUCACCGACCUCACCAGCGAACCACCGACAUUUGCUGUCAAGGAAGUGCAAGACACGGUAGUCCUGUCAAGUUCCUUUUCUCCUCAGCUGGAUCAGCUUGACAAUGCCGAGGUCUGUGUCAAAAAGCUGCAAAAUGCGUGUCAUGCAUUGGGAGGCUUGAGCAUGCCACCUGUUCCACCGCGCAACCACCUUUCAGCCACUCCUGUCGUGAAAGACAGAGAUGACAGUGUUGAGGCUCUGCUGGCUGCCGCUUCUGGAUGUGACGAAGCUGAAGCCGAAGCCAGCCACUCGGAAAACUCUCAUGAUGCUGGUGAGCCGGACGAAGAGAUGAUACUCCUCAUCAAUAAGGCUAUCGAGAUACUGAACUAUCACAUUGUCAGUAUUCGCAAACUCGAGACUCAGACAGCACGCCAGGAAGGUCGACAUGCCAAAGGAAAGCGUUACACCAAGGGCCAAUAUCGCACCGACACAGAACAAUUUGUCUUGUCCGCACUCGAGCCUUUGCUGCAGGGUGGGGCCACAAACAUCGGCUGCAUCAUCUCCAGCGAACGCGCGAACCUGUUAUGGCAUCUGUACUCGCAGUUGAUCCACUUUGUCACAGCACCUCACUUCGCUUUGCCCCGGACUUUCAGGAUCCUUCAAGAAGCAGCAAAUAGUACAGGCACACAACAUCAUGUCAAAUCUCCUGCUGUUGCUCGUGUUUCUUCCAAGAAGCCGUCACAAGUUCUGCCGCGUAAGAAGGGAAAGGCAGCCAAAGUUCCAGUCCCCCACCAAUUCCUGUCACACCAGAAGAGUUCGAGUUAGAACCUCGGCUCUCCUGUGUACGAGUCAGUAGAUUCGCACAGCUCGAGUCCGGUGCCUCAAGCGAGUCGUCAUAUUCUGAACUCAGAGCGAAGACGAGCUCCGGCUGUGGUGCCUCGUCGACAUGUUCGUGAACACGCGCGUCUUCCCAUGUAUGCUCACAACCAAGCGUCAUACGGACAACAGGCGCCUUACAAUCACUUCGUACCUCCUCAAUCUCGUCCAAUGUUCUUUUCCCAACCUCCACCACCUCAACACCCUGCUAGCCAUGGCAUGUUCGUACCUGCUGGACCUUACUUCAACACUAAGAGUCGAUCAGGCACAGCAGCCUUCGUUCCUGGUUAUGGCAACUACCAUAUGCCCGCAAGGCCCAUGUUCGCUCAGCCAAACUUCCAACAGUAUCGACG